UAAGUUGGCUGCGUUAGUCGUAAACAGCUGUUUAAGCAAAUUAAAAAUCGCGUUGCCGCUUUACAAAACACGCCGAGAACAUGAUGCAACAAAGUAAACGGAUUCUUAAGCCAGUCUUAAAUGGACUUUGGAAUUUGCCGGCACGAGGUGCAACAAGCACGACCGCGGCGGCACCCGCCAAAAUUGAAAAAACUGUCAAUACCGUGACCAUACUGGGACGAGUGGGAGCCGAUCCGCAGCUGCGCGGAUCGCAGGAGCAUCCGGUGGUCACAUUCUCCGUGGCAACACACACCAACUACAAAUACGAGAACGGCGACUGGGCGCAACGCACCGACUGGCACCGAGUGGUUGUCUUCAAGCCCAAUCUACGCGACACGGUGCUGGAGUACCUGAAGAAGGGUCAACGCACCAUGGUCCAGGGAAAGAUUACCUAUGGCGAGAUCACCGAUCAGCAGGGCAAUCAAAAGACAAGCACCAGCAUUAUAGCGGAUGAUGUGCUCUUCUUCCGCGACUCCAACUAACAACAAGCCAAACCUUAGCCUAAACUUAAGACUAUUAAGAACACAGUUGAACAUGCGUUGCAUUUAAAAACCUACAUACAUACAUAUGUAUCAUAUUCAUUAUGUUAAAAGUUAUUUUUUGAAAUACAUUAAAAUUAUGCUGUAA